AUGGCCCCACACACCGGCACAAUCCUGGCGACCCCCGUGUGGCAGCGGCAGCGCGUGUCUGUCUGGCGGAGGAGAGGAGAGACAACAGAACCAGUGAGCUCCAAGAGGCGUCGGGCGACCUCUCCUUCCAGCAGUGUCAGUGGGGGGGACUUUGAUGACAGCCCCCACUCUACAAGCACCCCCAACUCUGGGCGCAAGAGAAGGCGACCCCCUCAUGUGGCCCCUGUGGAUCCAAUUGCAGUUUGCCAUGAACUUUACAACACUAUCCGGGAUUAUAAGGAUGAGCAGGGCCGGAUACUGUGUGAACUCUUUAUUAGAGCCCCCAAGCGCAGAAACCAACCGGAUUAUUAUGAAGUGGUUUCUCAGCCCAUUGACCUGAUGAAGAUUCAGCAGAAGCUGAAGAUGGAAGAGUAUGAUGACGUGCGCUUACUCACUGCCGACUUUCAGCUGCUCUUCCAGAAUACGAAAGCUUAUUAUAAGCCUGAAAGUCCAGAAUAUAAAGCUGCAUGCAAACUAUGGGAUUUGUACGUCCGUACUAGGAACGAGUUUGUUCAGAAAGGAGAAUGUGAGGAAGACGAUGAGGAAGAAGAGGCACAGGAGAGUGCUGCACCUGAAGAGGAAGCCUUAUCUGUGCAGAACUACCUAAAGCCGAGCUUAGAGCAGCUACUGGAAUCUAUCACUACUGCCACUCACCCUGGGGGAAGGAUGAUCAGUGAACUCUUUCAGAAGCUGCCCUCCAAGGUGCAUUACCCAGAUUACUAUGCCAUCAUAAAGGAUCCCAUCGAUCUCAAGACCAUUGCUCAGAGGAUUCAGUCUGGUCACUAUAAAAGUGUCAAUGCGAUGGCCAAAGAUAUCGAUUUGCUGACAAAGAAUGCAAAGACUUACAAUGAACCGGGCUCUCAAGUCUUCAAGGAUGCGAAUACCAUAAAAAAACUGUUUGCAUUAAAAAAGUCUGAAAUUGAUAGUGCAGAGGUGGCCAAGUCAAGCCUCCGGAGCAGGAAUAAGAGGCCGGCACAAGGAGACCGUCUCUCUGCGAUCACCAUGGCUUUGCAGUAUGGGUCAGAAAGUGAGGAGGAUGCAUCUUUAAAUGCUUCAUCCAUUCGCUACGAGGAAGGUGAGUCUGAGGAGGAGAGCAUCACUUCCUUCAUGGACAUCUCCAGCCCUUUAUAUCAGCUUUAUGAAACCGUCCGAUCCUGCCGGAAUAAUCGCGGGCAGCUCAUUGCAGAACCUUUCUUUCAUCUCCCAUCAAAGAAGAAAUACCCCGAUUACUACCAGCAAAUCAAGAAUCCUGUUUCUCUGCAGCAGAUCAGGAGCAAACUAAAGAACCAGGAGUAUGAUGGGCUGGACCAGUUGGAGUCUGAUCUCAAUCUCAUGUUUGAAAAUGCCAAGCGCUACAAUGUUCCCAAUUCUGCCAUCUACAAGAGAGUAUUCAAACUGCAGCAACUGAUGCAGGCAAAAAAGAAGGAGCUGGCGAGGAGAGACAUUGAUAUUGAGGACGGAGACAGUAUGAUCUCCUCGGCUACGUCUGACGCAGGCAGCUCCAAGAGGAAAAGUAAGAAGAACAUGAGGAAGCAGAGGAUGAAGAUCCUGUUUAACACGGUUCUUGAGGCCCGGGAACCCGCUACUGGAAGGAGGUUGUGUGAACUUUUCAUGUUUAAACCAUCCAAAAAGGACUAUCCGGAUUAUUAUAAGAUUAUUCUGGAGCCUAUGGACUUAAAAACCAUGGAACAGAACAUUCGCUCGGAAAAAUACGCGACAGAGGAGACCAUGAUGAAUGACAUGAAACUGAUGUUUCGGAAUGCCAUGCACUAUAAUGAGGAAGGCUCACAGGUAUAUAAUGAUGCCCAUGUCCUUGAGAAGUUCCUUAAGGACAAAAAGAAAGAGCUGGGGCCGUUGCCUGAUGAUGAUGACAUGGCCUCCCCCAAACUGAAGCUGAGUAGAAAAAGCGGAAUCUCCCCGAAAAAGUCAAAAUACAUGAGCCCGAUGCAGCACAAACUGAAUGAGGUUUAUGAAGCGGUGAAGAACUACACUGAUAAACGUGGGAGGCGUCUCAGUGCCAUCUUUCUGCGCCUCCCCUCUCGCUCAGAGCUCCCAGACUACUAUGUGACCAUCAAACGGCCAAUCGACAUGGAGAAGAUCCGCAGCCACAUCAUGGCCAACAAGUACCAAGACUUGGACGCAAUGUGUGAGGACUUUGUGACCAUGUUUAACAACGCCUGUACCUAUAAUGAGCCCGAAUCCCUCAUCUAUAAGGAUGCUCUGGUCCUACACAAAGUUCUUCUGGAGACCCGUCGGGAUAUUGAGGGAGAAGACGACUCCCAUGUCCCUAAUGUGACUUUACUGAUCCAGGAGCUCAUCCACAAUCUCUUUGUGUCCGUCAUGAGCCACCAGGAUGACGAGGGCCGAUGUUACAGUGACUCGUUGGCCGAAAUUCCUGCAGUGGAUCCCAAAUUUCCAAAAAGGCCUCCCCUGACAUUUGACAUUAUUCGGAAGAACGUGGAAAACAAUUGCUACAGAAGACUGGAUCUGUUCCAGGAGCACAUGUUUGAGGUGUUGGAGAGAGCGCGGAGGCUCAAUCGGACUGAUUCUGAGAUCUAUGAAGAUGCAGUUGAGCUCCAGCAGUUCUUCAUUAAAAUCCGUGACGAGCUGUGUAAGAAUGGAGAGAUCCUGCUGUCUCCGGCCCUCAGUUACACCCCCAAGCACUUGCACAGCGACGUGGAGAAGGAGAAGAAGGAGAAAAUGCCCAAGGAGAUGGAGGAGGAUAAAGUCAAGCGAGAAGAGGAGAAGAAAGAAGCAGAAAAGAGUGAGGAUCCAGGAGGGGUGUCGGGCCAGUCGGGUCUGUAUCGCACUUACAGCCAGGACUGUAGCUUUAAGAACAGCAUGUACCACGUAGGGGACUAUGUGUAUGUGGAGCCGGCCGAGGCCAAUCUGCAGCCGCACAUUGUCUGUAUUGAGCGCCUCUGGGAGGAUUCUGCUGGAGAGAAGUGGCUUUAUGGCUGCUGGUUCUAUCGGCCCAAAGAAACUUUCCAUCUCGCCACCCGCAAGUUUUUGGAAAAGGAAGUCUUUAAGAGCGACUACUACAACAAAGUGCCUGUCAGCAAAAUCCUGGGCAAAUGUGUGGUCAUGUUUGUAAAGGAAUAUUUUAAAAUCUGCCCAGACAACUUCCAGGACGAGGACGUCUAUGUGUGUGAAUCUCGAUAUUCUGCCAAAACAAAGUCUUUCAAAAAGAUUAAACUGUGGACCAUGCCCAUCAGCUCGGUGCGGUUUCGGGCCAGGGACAUCCCUCUGCCGGUGGUGCGAGUAGCCUCUGUGUUUGCCGCCAAAGAUAAGGCUGAAGAGGACCUCCCUAUGGACUUGACUGAGGAGAACCCAGACGAUGACAUCACCCAGAUCCUAGAGAAGGAGAAGGAAGAUGUCCCUGUGGAUAUGCCGAAUGGGGAGCCCGGCUGUUAUUACUUUGAUCAACUACGUUACAAUGAUCUGUGGCUGAAGGUUGGAGACUGUGUGUAUAUCAAGUCUCAUGGGCUGGUGCCACCCCGAGUGGGAAGGAUUGAGAAGAUGUGGCUACGAGAUGGUGCCGCCUACUUCUUUGGCCCUAUUUUCAUUCACCCUGAGGAAACCAUCCACGAACCAACGAAAAUGUUCUACAAGAAGGAGAUGUUUCUUAGUAACUUGGAGGAGAGUUGCCCAAUGACCUGUAUCCUAGGAAAAUGUGGAGUUUUAUCAUUCAAGGACUUUUUAUCGUGCCGCCCCACGGAAAUCUCCGAAAACGACAUUGUUCUGUGCGAGAGUCGCUAUAAUGAGGCCGACAAGCAAAUGAAGCGCUUCAAAGGUCUGAAGAGAUUCUCCCUCUCAGCAAAAGUUGUGGACGAUGAAAUUUAUUACUUCAGGAAGCCAAUUGUUCCUCAGAAAGAGCCGUCUCCUCUGUUGGAGAAGAAGAUCCAGGAGCUGGAGGCCAAGUUUGCAGAGCUGGAGGGCGGUGAUGAGGAAAUGGGGAACAUGGGAGAUGAGGACGGGGAGAUUAUGGAUGCGCCGUCACUUCCUCAGCUUCAAACACCCCUGUCUGGGGAUCUUGAUAUGAUGCCAUACACCCCCCCACAGGCGGCCGCACUUCCCAGCUCCGACGACCUGACGCCAGCGGUCAGGCUGCCCACCCCCUCCUCACUGACGCAAAGAUCAGAGACAGCCAAUGACAGACAAAGGAAAGAUGGCGACCCAGGGGAGACAGUGGAGAGCAAAUUGCCCAAACAGUAUUUAGACAACGGAAAGUCUACACCCAAAUCUACGAAAAACAGCAGCAAAAAGGAGGGCGGCAAGCGGAAAAUAAACAUGAGCGGCUACAUCUUGUUCAGCAGCGAGAUGAGAGCCGUGAUCAAGGCCCAGCACCCCGACUAUUCGUUUGGGGAACUCAGCCGCCUUGUUGGAACAGAGUGGAGAAACCUUGAGGCGACCAAAAAGGCUGAUUAUGAAGAACGUGCUGCAAAAGUGGCGGAGCAACAGGAGAGAGAGAGAGCGGCGCAGCAGCAGCAACAACAACAACAACAGAGUUCGUCCCCAAGAGCUGGCACUCCUGUAGGAGCACUGAUGGGAGUUGUGCCUCCACCCACCCCAAUGGGGAUAUUAAAUCAGCAAAUAACCCCUGCCUCAGGCAUUAUGGGUGGGUAUCCGCCUGGCCUGCCCCAAAUGCAGGGUUCAGUUGAUGGCAUUGUUAGCAUGGGGAGCAUGCAAGCUCAUCAUCAUCAUCAUCUUCAUCAUCAUCAUGGGCUCAUCCCACCACCCCAUCUCCUACAAGCAUGUAUGGCAGCCCUCCCGAGCGUCCCGAUCCAGGGGGUGAUGGCGCAGGGUGUGGCCCCAAUGGUUGGAUCGCCAGCUCCUGGGAACAAUCCGUAUGGGCAGCAGAUGGGAAUUCUGACCCCACAAGGCCAGCAGGCUCCUCCCCCAUACCCAGUUCAAGGGCAAGCAAACCAGCCUGUUGUACAGCAGCCCUCUACCCCAAUGUUUGUGGCGCCCCCUCCCAGGCCCCAGAGACUGCUGCAUUCUGAAGCGUACCUCAAGUACAUCGAGGGGCUGACGGCAGAAUCCAACUGUAUCAGUAAAUGGGACCACACGCUGUCAGCGCGGCGGAGGGACGUCCACUUGACUAAAGAGCAGGAGAGUCGUCUCCCCUCCCAUUGGCUGAAAAGUAAAGGCGCUCACACCACCAUGGCCAACGCUCUGUGGCGCCUGCGGGACCUGAUGCUGCGCGACACCCUGAAUAUCCGCCAGGCCUACACCCUGGACAAUGUGUGAGCCUCCCAGCAUGCACUGCUCCCAGGGACUCUUAUGUGCUUUUACUGUUUCAUUGCUGUACAUUGGCUGCUUUUUAUUUGCCCUUCCCCCGUGUUCUCUAGGGGCGGGACUUGUGCUGAUUCUAAGCCCAGCCCCCAUGGUAUUAAAUUUCCAUGUUUCAACAA